GAGAGGCGACAAGUUGGUUUCAUACCAAAUGAGUCUGGACAAUCAGCGAAGGAUUUCCUUCGGCAAGGCUUGCUAGAGAAUCGAGAUGAGUUGGAAGCUAUGAUACGGGAGGUGAUUAUGGAGACGGGAGGGGAAGCAAGUGGAUCACAGAGAGAUGUUCAGCAAAGGGACCCCGAGGCUUCAGGUCAGAGUGUUGUUGAGUCUGGUCGCAGGAGAGAGGGGAGCACCGUAAUAUCGGACACUGUUGGAGUGAAUGAGAGCAGAGACCCGGGUGGUCCUAUUGAUGCAGCAGUUGGGGCAAGCGCGUCGGCUCUGGAAGAAGUCCUUUUGAAACAAGAGCUGGAAACCCCAUUAUCGGCAUGGAAGUUGUGCAAUACAAAGCGACGUUCAGACGUGAAGUUUCUCGUGAAAUGUUUUGAGCAGCAUAUGAACAACGUGCUAGCUGACAAGGAUGCAGACGAGAGGGAUACAGAACUAAGGAGGUUUGAAGAGUUGAAAAGAGGAACCGGAGUCAGGCGCAUGUUCAGGGAAUCGCAGGAGAUUUUUGUCAAGUAUGAGUCGUCUUUCUACAGUUGGAUCAAUGUAGACUCGGGCUACAGUUUCCGCAGAGGGCAAUUGAAAUGGAAUACAUUCGUGAAGAAGUUAAGGAAAAAAUUCAAGAGGAACUCAGGCUCGUCUGCAUCAAGUCGUUGAGAAUAGUCAGGAUGAUGUUUUCUUUGAACAUGGAAUAAAAGUACUUGAAUACGCUG